AUGACGCAUGUCAUCUCUCGAACACCCAGAAUGUCCCAAAGAGGGCGUUCUUCAGGUCUGCCUGCAGACAGGACUAUCUCAAGUGUCACUCGAGUGAUAGUGAAGACACCAGGCAACCUGAAAGACUUUACAGUAGCUGAUGACACCUCAGUGAGGCAGUUCAAGGAGAAGCUAUCGGCUCACUUCAAAUGUCAAAUGGACCAACUAGUGCUGGUCUUCAUGGGCCGCCUUCUCAAAGACCAUGACACACUGAGCCAGAGGGGCAUCGUAGAUGGCCACACCAUCCACCUGGUCAUCAAGUCCAAGCAUGGUUCCAGAUCCCUGGCCAAUUCUUCCAGGAACCUGUCAGCCAAAGAGUCCUGCCAUGGGGACAGAAACACCAAAGGAAACAGCAGUGGGGUGUACAAAUCUCCCGGCGUGAGUCAGACCCCCGUGGAGUCAGACCUCUUCGUGAAGACUGAUGCAUCCAAAGUACAUACUCAGGACCUGAAAGUGGACAGUUCAGACUGUAUAGCCCAGAUACUGGAGAAUCCUAGUAUCCAACGGCUUCAGUCCAGCAUGGAGUUCAUGCGGCAGUUCAUCUCCGAACACCCAGACAUGCAACAAUUGAUGCAGCAGAAUCCAGAAGUCUCCCACCUCCUUGACAAUUCUGAGAUCCUGUAUCAGACUCUGGAAUUAGCCAGGAAUCUUGCCAUGAUUCAAGAGAUGAUGCAGACCCAGCAACCUGCGCAGAAUCCUGAGCAUCCACUGAAUACACUGGGUUUCGAGACGAUCCCAGCUGGGAACAAUGCCUUGAGUCAGAGCUACACUGAUUCCAAUGACCGAAUGUUUAACAAUUUUCAAGAUCCUUUUGGGGGCAACCCUUUCACAGCUCUCUUGGCAGGACAAGUGCCAGAACAGCUACAGCCCUCACCCCCAACUCCACCACCAUCUCAGGAAUGGCGAGACCAGCUCCCACAGCUCCCUACAGCCCGAGUCAUCUAUACCAGUUCUCGUGGUUUUUCCUCCAUCACCUCAACCGAUGCCACCCCAAACAGAGUCAACCACGCUUUCAGGACCGAUGCUGCCACGAUCUCCACCAAAGACCAAAGCCCUGCCCAUGGCACUGAGAUGGCAGCCUUGCCUAUCAUAGAAGUUACCCAGGAACCCCAAGAGGAAGACCAGGAUGCCACUGUCUCUGUAGAUGGUUCUGAACAGAGGUUGGAGGAAGAUCUCCAGUUGUUGGAUGAGCAGAAUAGCUCUCAGAUCGCAGGAGGCAUGAUGCAGUUACUCAUGAAUAAUCCCCACUUGGCAGCUCAGAUGAUGAUGUUCAUGAGUAUGCCCCAGCUGAGUGAACAGUGGAGACAGCAGCUACCCACAUUCCUGCAGCAGUCACAGCUCUCUGACCUGCUGUUAGCCCUCACUAACCCGAGAGCAUCACAAGCAAUAUUGCAGAUCGAGCAGGGUCUACAGCUUUUGGCCACAGAGGCUCCUGUUCUUCUGCCCUGGGUUGCACCUUACUCAUGGGGCUUAGGCUGUCUUUCUGCCCCCAGCUGCAGCUAUCCUGACCCAGUGCCCUGGGCCUGGAAUACGCCAGAUCUGGCUGAGUCCAAGAGAGCUGAGUGCUGCCACACAUCUGGAACAGUCCUGCAGAAGUUACAAUCCCUAGCUGGAGACCCUUCCCACCUUCUACAAGCCCCUGAGAUUCGUUUCAGCAAGCAGAUGGAAUCUCUCCAGGCCAUGGGAUUUGGGAAUCACCAUGCCAAUCUACAGGCACUCAUUGCUACUGAAGGGGACACUAAUGCUGCUAUUCGCAAGCUCAAGAGAUCCCAGGGAUUCUAA